GGGCCCGCGCCGCCGGCACAGCCGCCGUUGGCGCAGGCGCCGACGUGUCGGCUCCAGCGGCGCUCCCCGCGGAGCUUCCCGUGGGCCUGGAGGAGGAGGGUCUGGAGGACUCCGCCGCGGCCACGGCCGCGGCGCUGUUGUUCGAGGAGCUGGAGGCAGCCGCGGGGGCCCCCUACGGCGCGGCAGCUCCUGGCGAGGGGGCGGAGGCCGCCGCGGCGGCUGCGCCAGGCGUGCCGAGGCCGCCCGAGGAGGCCGCGGCGGUGGCUGCCACGGCAGAGGCCAGCGGGGCCCCAGCGACGAGCACGCGCUCGAAGGGCUUCCUGGAGGAGCAGCUGCGCCGCGCGAGGA